CCGGUGUCAGGAGUGGGCGGGGCGGAGUAUUCGGGUCCCGGUCGGGCGGUCGGUGGUGAGUGAGUGGCGGACGGUAUCAGGAUGGCUCCGGCGGUGGACAGGCCCGGCUACUGGGGGCCUCCGACCUCCACACUGGAGUGGUGUGAGGAGAACUACGCCGUGUCCUUCUACAUCGCCGAGUUCUGGAACACUGUCAGUAAUCUGAUCAUGAUUAUCCCUCCGUUAUAUGGAGCCGUGCGGACCACCAAGGACGGGCUGGAGACCAGAUACUUAGUUGCCUAUCUGGGAUUAGCAGCUGUGGGAUUGGGAUCCUGGUUCUUCCACAUGACACUGCAAUAUGAAAUGCAGCUGCUGGAUGAAUUGCCCAUGCUAUACAGCUGUAGUGUCUUUGUCUACUGCCUAUAUGAAUGUUUCAAGGGCAGAAAUUCAUAUAAUUACGUGUUGCUAUUUCUGUUAGGACUUUUCAGUUUAACAGUAACAAUAGUCUACUUAAAAUGGAAGGAACCGGUAUUCCACCAGGUCAUGUACGGCUUUCUGGUGUUCUUGCUGGUCCUCCGAUCUGUGUAUAUAGUUACCUGGGUGUAUCCCUGGCUCCGGGGUUUGGCUUACACCUCACUAGGAGUGUUUUUUAUAGGAUUUGUACUCUGGAACAUUGACAACAUCUUCUGUGACACUUGGAGGAAUGUACGGCAGAAGAUGCCCCCGGUCGUCGGGGCCGUGACACAGUUCCAUGCCUGGUGGCACAUACUGACUGGACUGGGUUCUUACCUGCAUAUUUUAUUUAGUUUGUACACAAGAACUCUCUUCCUUAAGUAUCGGCCAAAGGUGAAGUUCAUGUUUGGAAUGUGGCCGAUGAUUGUGGUGGAUCCUCCGAAGAAACACUGACAAAGCCUAACCGAAGAACCACACCAACAUUCCAGAACCGGUCCCAGCAGAGUGGGGCACACCUUAUCUCCAGCGUUCUGAAUACAGACAUUACAUAUAUGCAUCUAUGUAUAGUUCAAUACACGUGUGUGCGUACUCCUGACCGCGUACGCACAUCUUUUAUACCAAGUUAUAUAAGUGUUGGUUACACUGGUACUGCCAGUUACAGACAGAACUUCACAGUUUUGGUUUUUGAAACUAACGGAUAAGUCAUUGGACUGUACAACUUUUUUUUCCUUUUUUUUUUUGUUUUCUAUUUUUCUAUAAAAAAAAAACGUUCUAAUUGCCACUUAAAUCUGCAUUCGCAUCCCGCCCCCGGAGUCCCUGCUUUGUACAGGAGGUGGGGUCCUACUUUACACAGCAGGGUGGGAGAGGGUCCAAGUUUACCCAGAGAUAGGCUUUAAUAAUUCAGCCCAAACGCCAUUGACUCUAAUGGGCCAGAAAAAUAAAAAAAAAUUGUAUAGCAAUCCUGGUAAACAAGUGUUACAACCUCAUCCUAAUCCCAGGUGGGUGAUGUUAUGCGCGGGUGAUGUAAUGAGCGGGUGAUGUUAUGCGCACAGACUGUUGGCACAACUUAUUUGGAAAAUGUUGACUUUUUUCUUAUUGUUUUUAGCAGUUAUGGACGGGUUCUGCAAAAAGAGAUUAGUUCCGUUCAAGUGACCUCUGCAGCAUUUGUAUUUAGAAAUGAGACUGCUGCUACAAUCCAGCUGAAAACAAAAAAAUGGUUUCCUGCAAACAAAAUGGUGUGCCUGUGCCGUCAGUGAAGAGACAUCGAUGUCUGCAGGUUCUUCCAGGACUGUCCAUCUCCUGAUCCCCACUGCUCUGUGGCUCCUCCCAUGGAUGCCUACUUCAUAGUGGUGGUUGGGAAGAACCACUGAGCGCUGCGGGGGGAGACCAGGAGAUCUGUUUAGCAACACGGACAGUGGGGGAGGGAAGUAUUUUACUUGGCAUACCUAAUAUUGAAUGUUUGGUGGACAGAUGAUCUAUGCUUAGAAACAGUGCCUAACUUAUUUCUUAAUAAAUUUGUAUUGAUCCUUUAUGGAGAAA